AUGCUGAUAACAGUAUCAUCCUCCACCCAGCCUGUUCCCAAUCACCACCCCCUUUCCCCCCCUCCCACCCUGCCCAAGCCUGGCAAGGACAACCUGCGGCUGCAGCGGCUGCUGAAGAAGGCAGCCAGGAAGAACGCCAUCCUUGCCUCGGAGCAGGGCAAGUCCUUCCGCUCCAGCCUGUCGCCCGUGAACGAAGCCAGCCCCGACCAGGAGUGUGCAGAGAGCGCUGCCCCAGCAGCAGAGACCCCUGAGGCCCCAGCAGCCCCCUGUGCCCCCCUGCCCACCCAGCUCUCCGUCAGGCCCGUGGGCCACCGUGCUCUCUCCCCGUUCCGGAAGGGGAAGCCCUUCACGCUGAAGGUCACAGAGCAGCGGCGCAUCGCCGAGCACGUCAAGCUCACAGCCUCCUCAGCCAUGCCCCUGCUACAGAGGCCAGAAGCUCCUGAGACUCCACAGCAGCCUGAAGGCACAGGCUCCCACCUUCCCUCUCCAUCUGACCCUUCAGUACCUGUUUUCCCCAAGCCUCCUCCUCCCAGUACACUCAGCAAAGAAAGGGCACCAGAGGUUACCUAUGUCACCAAGGUGAACACUUAUUUCCACAGUGUCAAGCCACCCAGGGCUAAGACUCCCACACCAAACCCAACCCUAGGAACUGUCAGCCAGGAAGACAAAAGGCCUACUUCCCCAGCACCUCAAACAAGCAGCUCUGAACCACCUCCAGAGCAGACAAGCACCUCACUUAAAGACAACAAGGCAGCUCUCCCCUUGCCAAAACCUCCCCUAGUUCCUGCUGCAGAGACAGAGCCUCCUGAUCAGGCUCCCAAGCCUGUUCCCACUGAGAAGCCCAGCACCUCUGAUGCCCACACCAAUAAGCCAACAACCCAUGGAAAUGACACUGAAUGCAAGGCAGCUCCUGAAUUACCAGAGCAAGACAGAGACAUCCCAGAACCAUCAACAUCCAGCGCUCCUUGGAGGCAAGCACGCCAAGCAACAGCAACUCCAGCACAAGCUGAUGGUACCGGGUCCACCCCAACAGACACCAAGACAGAACAUGUCACUGAACCCCAAAUGACUCCCAGCUUACCCAACACCAGUUGUUCCCCCAAGGCUGAGCCAGCACCACCAUCAGGAGAAGCGCCAAGAGCUCCUGGAACCAGUGCCAGUGGCUGGCAUCGCCUCAAGAAGCACUUGAUAGUGCAGCCAGAAGCAACCAACUUCCCAGAGUCCCAGCCAGAGAAGCUGGGACAGGAGGAAGGGAAUAAAGCUGAUGCUGCUCAAGCAGUCAUCAAGCAAGACUGCAUGGUGGUUAAAUCAAAAGCCAUGAGAAUGUGGGAUGCCAUCUUAUAUCAGGUGGCACUCGGCAAGGAGAAGAAGCAGCAGGCAGAAGAGAAGAAGGCUCAGAAGGAAGAAAGCUUCUUCCUGCCCCGCCGCCUGCCCAUCCUCCUGCACAAGCCACGUUUUGACGCCCGCAAGCUGAAGGAGCUGGCAGCCAAGCCCAUGACAAAGAUCAGCACCGUGUUUGAGGUGAGCCGCUUCCGGCCCAAGGGGGCUGAGGAGCACACCAAGAGCUUCAACAGAACGGCAUCGGGAUGGUCUGUGCACUGACACCAGGCUGCUCCACGCCGCUGCGCUGCGCCAACCUCUGACCAAGCCCAGUGCAGCCAAGCGUAAGGAAAAAAGGAAAUUAAAUAAAACCUCUCCAAGCCAGCAGCACCAUGCUGCAGGUUUAAGGGUUACUCUCAAAAGCUCAAAUGCAUAGCUACCACAUCCACAGGUCACAGGAAAACAAACGUGCUUGUUUUAAGAAGAGUCAACAACAAUCACUGGAGGCAGUAACAGAGUGAAGGCACACAGUGAAGAGGACAAGCUGCCUAUAGAAAAAAAGACCAGUUUAGAGUAGGAUAAUGGAAUCUGAAUUUUUUUGUUGCAUUUAUCUAAGAGACUGAUCCUAGGAAUAACAGCAGUUGCAUCUGAAAUGAAGGAAUCUGGGUUGCUCCAGGUCUCUAGGGAGUGUCUUAGAAACCAAACUCAAAGAGGAUACAUAUAGCCUCUAACUCAUCUACUUAAAGCGUGCUCCCUGCCCAUUUGCUGAGAACAAAAUGGAAACUCAUCCUUUCACCCAAAGCACAGACAAGAGACAAAGAUAUCCUGCUCUCACCAAACACCUCAUCUGCCUAUCAAAAUGGGCAUCAUCUGACAGCCUCCUAGGCCAGUCUACUUAAUAAUAAUGCACAGAAGAACAAUUUUGUUUCAAUAAUCAAGUUCUGUUAUGUAUUUUAUCAUGUUUUCUCCAAAACAGCUUACAGUUAAUGUUCCCACUAUAACCAACAAGACCCUGCUUUAGCAUGUGGGUACCCAACUCUGUAUUUAACAAGGUGCUGGUUUCUGAGUGGCUCUGCUAACCACACGUAGUCUCAUUUUCAGGGUGAGCAUCAUGACAGUUUCACACCUGCUUGUCCCUGAUGUCCUGAAAAAAGGGCAUUUAAAGGAAAAUACCCAACUCUGCCCACCCACAGAGACAACUGGGCUUUCCAGUAUUGUCCUUUGCCGCUCCACUGCCAGCAGGCUUGUGAGCAUGAAAGCUGGGAGAUUGGUUAUUUCUGUUUCACAAGGGACUUGGUCAUGUGCUGGGGUGUUCCUACACAGCUAAUACAGGAUUGCUAUGUUUAGCCCAAAUAGAAUAUAAAGAGCUGUGCACAGAGUUUCCUUUUACAUGUGCAGAGGGUAUGGAACUGACCAACAGUUGCUCAGGCCAAGCUGCAAACAGACUUGGAAACAAAGAGUCCCUUUUGCCUUUUUUGAAGUCUUCCUAUUUUGCAGUGAUGCUGUAAGAGCAGUUCAUUUAGAAAACCUUAAGUUUUCACUUUACCAGUCUUAUCUCUAUUCUGCAACUCCGUCCUUACUCAGGGCAAAACCAAGUAGGAAGAAUAAUCCAAUUAUCUAAGGUGAAUAUUUUUUCAAAAUCCCAAUUUUCAAAGAAAAAGGUAACAAGAGGUUGGAAAUGUGCAGUAAUCACAAGUGAAUCCUAGGUAAGCCUCUGCAGGAUAAUUUAACAUUGCUGCAAGAGAAGGCUACAGAGAAGAAGGCUACAGAAAACAUCCAUGCAGCAGCACAGCCAUAAAAAUUUAAAGUGUGCAGCAUAAAACACAUAAAGCAGAUAAAGGCAGCCUUACCAGAGAGUGAUAAACGGCACCUCACUGCAGCACAGCCAGAUGGAUGCCUCUGCACAAAGGUCUGGAUGCACAAGAGCCACAGUACCGGCAUGAAGCAGAGCAGCCAACAUCAAUUACAUUUGGAAGACUAAGUGAAGGUGGUUUAAGAAGCACUUGUGCUUUAAAACAGCUUUUGUCCUGCACCAAGGACAACCACCCAGAGCAAACCAGCAUCUCUCACCCAAGGCUUAGGUUUUGCAUGUGCUGGGCCUCCAGUCAGGCUGCAUUCACACCCCAGCCCCACUGCAGACAGAUGGAGGAUGGGGAAAUGCCGCUGGGAAGAGCAAUUCCCACAAGCAGAAAGAAGGAGGCAGAGGAAGGCAGCUCUGGGUGCAUGGUUUAGCUCUUUUACCCCAAAAAGGGCAGAGGCGCACAGCAAGUAUGGCAAGUCCUGCAGAGACAGACCCUGACACAAGGGUACUCAGAGAUGGGAGAGCAUAUCCCUGGAGGCAACAGAUUUCUACCAAUGGCUGCUCACUGGAAGUCACUGUGGUGUCAUCCAGCCUGAGCUGCUGUGCUGAGGAAGAGAAGGGGAAUGCUACUGGGCACAGAAUUUGCCCAUUUUUCAAAUGGCAUCAGGCAGUUGCUAAAUGCCCAAACUGACACCUACAGAAAAACCCCUGUUCCAUAGCCUGCAGCCCAGGAAGAGAGGGAAGGAGAAAACAAGCCACACCUGUGUUAAAGCAACUAGAAAGCUGCUAAGGUGGUGUAAAGCAAGUGACAAGGGGAGCCAGAAGGGUUUGGGAGCAAGGUCAUGACAGUGAUCCAGUAUUAGGGAAAAAGGAUGAACAUAGUUCGAGGGGGUGCAGAGGAGCUGGGGAGCAUGCCUCUCAAGAAAGGCUGCUGGACAAAGACCAGAGCCAAAGGCACUUUCAUUUGAGCUGCUCAGAGAAACCCAGGUAGGGCAAACAAAACCUGCUGGCAACCCUGCAAAACCUGUUUGCUGCAGAGAACUGAAGCUCAGUAGGGUCCACCUGCUGCACUGAAACAGACCUCAGGAGAAAGAGGAGACUGAUCAAAGGGGAGACCUUAUAAUAGGAUUCUCAAAGUCACAGGCAGAGAAGCAAGCUGAGGAUGGAAGUUCUGUGGACUAAAAACAGAGCUUCAGGCAGUCUUGGGCUCAUACUGCUGCCCAUCUCAAUGUAGAAUUCAAAAGGGCAUAUCCUCUAAAUGGGCACUACAAAAGGAAAGAAAAAAACAAGCCUAAACAAACAAAAUGCAACACUCAGAAGCCAGCUCCUUAAGGGUGGGAGGGAGGGGAAAGAAGGAACACAAGCCCCAGGAGAAUUCAGAAACAAAAGGUGUUUUGUAGCAAGCAGAGCUAUUUUAACCUUGGCAAUGAAAUAAAGCUUCUUUUUUAUAGUAGGAAAAAAAGGAGAACGAGCUUGUUUUCACCCUCAACUUCCUCUCCACUCAUCGUGCCAGAUGCUGCCCAGUUGGAUGCAACCAGUUACCACCUCCCUCUACACCAUUCCUCCUUAUUGCCACAGCCCUCUGCUAUCAUCCACUCAAGAUAACACCAGGAUAUCUGUGAGUCUGAGCACAAUACGAACAUGAGAUCCAAAGGCCAUUUCAAGAGAGCACAGAGACAGCAACCCAGCUCUGCCUUGCCCUUGCUGCACACCAGAGAGCAGUCCUUUCUGCUCUGUUGUUCUCCCCAGUACAGCAGAUGUGCACAUCCUUCCUGCUACAACCUUAUUAUAGACUGGUUCCAAGAGGCUACUGAAGUCAUUAAAAGUCUUCUCCCUGAUUAAUUCAGUAAAUCUGGGAAUUAAACCCCAGAAACAUUUGAAUUUCAGAAGUACAUCAGCCAGAAUGAUCUUCAGCUAUCUCUCUCUACUCCUUGCAACUUAAGAGAGCAUAAGGAAAGACAGCAGAUAGAGAUCAUUCCUUUGAACUAGCAAAGGCAAACACAUCUUCACCCACACAGCAGCAGCUAAGGGACUUGUCCUGCAGGUUAAACCAACAGAGGUAUCCAGCAGCAUCAGAAAGACAGAGACCAAAACAAACCCCUGCUGGUACCCACUCUGUUCCAGCCCAGUCAGGCUCCAGCUGUUCCCAUAGAGCCCCUUCCAACUCACCCAAGUGCUGCUGGCAGAAUCAAUCCCAGCAUGCUGCCAGAACAGCCCAGGAGGUUGUUACACAGAGCAGA